GGAGGAAAACCUAUCUACAACCUGAUUCAGUUCCUGGUUUGAGAAUAUUAAUGCGCACACACAUACACUUAUUACACACAGCAGUGAUCCUGUAAGAGAAAAUUGCUUCACGAAAACACUCGGGUAAAUAUUUGUUAGAAGGAUGAACUGUUUAACGCUUCCUGCACUUUUAUUGACAGCUUUCUGUUUCAUCCUUCUCGGCCAUACGCCAGUCCGCUCAGGACGGACUUUCGUCGACAAGAAAAUCAUCGAAACAAAAGUUUACACAGACGUGGAGAUGUAUAAAAGAUGGUAUACAAGGGUCAGCGCAUCAACAGCUGAGAAAAAUAAAAAACAGCUCCACAACCUAACACAGAGCGCGAUCAAAGAAUACGUUUCUCUGUGUUUUCAUCAGGCCAAUGCUAGACUCAGCACAUUGUACCCUACUUUACCUCACAUAGUGGAACUACGGCUCGUGGCUAUGGAAUUUAAUUAUGCUAUGUUCGAUGAUUCGGGGCUCACAGAUAUCGAUGAGAAGCAUCACAUAUUUAAAAAAUUCUUACAAGAAAUCCACAAAGUGAAUGGAAUGUAUGACCACACUAUGCUCAUGACCUCGCUCACACUGACCACAUCGUUUAAUACAAGUUCGAUUAAAAAAGGAGCGUUGCUGGAAUUGUCUGACGACAUGGCUGGCUAUACGAAAAUAAGCGAAGACUUGGACCUUUCUCUGCAGGCGGUCUCGUGGAUGUAUCGAGGCGCCAGCUGGAAUAAGAUAUGCAAUCCCCAUGGGCUAAGCUCUUCAAUUAUAGAAGACAAAGGGGGAUUUCAAUCUGUAUUUGACAUAGCGCAUCAGAUCGGACACAAUCUUGGGGCUCCGCACGAUGGAGAAACUGAGGUAUGCAAUGAUACUGAUUACAACAUCAUGUCAAGCAUUAAGCCAGAAAAUGGACCCCUCGCUUCACAGUGGUAUUUUUCCAAGUGCUCAGCGUCUGAAAUCCAUGCCUUUAUGUCGAGAAGCGACAGGAUCGAUUGUUUGUCUAACCUAGCGACCCCACUACCGGAGUAUGAGAAAACCUUACACAUAGUCCCAGGACAGAAGUACCCAGCUGACCAGCAAUGUCAGAUGAUUUACGGGAGCACGUCGCGUGUUUGUUUGGGUCCAGGUUUGAGUUCUAUUGGUGACAUCUGUACCUCAAUGUUCUGUCUUGACCCUGUGGCUUCCAAAUCUUCCCCAACUGGAAUAGAAUGUAAGAAACAUUUUGCUGCAGAAGGGACGUCUUGUGGAGACGGAAAGUGGUGUACACUUGGCACCUGCACCAGCAACCCAUCAGCUCCUACCAUGGGAAUUGAAACCAGUACAGUGCAGUGA